CUCCUUCCAUUAGGUGGGGGUAGUUUAGAUUAUUUGUUGCUGGGGUGCGGGGUCAGUAGCGCGCUCAACCUUACAGUAAAAUUAGUUUUUCAGUCCAACGUUAGCUUGCUUCACAUGAGGUCAUAGUUUAAUUUUGACAGUUUUUUAAGUAAAGUUUCAUCAUUUCCACCCUGCUGCAUUGGAGAAAGAACGUGGAGUCGUCCAAAUCAAAGGUAAAAUAAUAACGUCCCGGCUGCUAACCAGAGCUAUGUGGAGAGUUGAGCUAACAGCGCUAUGGUCACCACAGUUCUGCUCCCUGCAGAAAACAUUAUGGCGUUAUUACAGAGUUUAACUCUGACCAGAAGGUCGACGUGCAGGCUCAUUUAUGUCUCUGUAAUCUUAGAUAGUCCUCCAGUGAUAAUGACCAUGCGGAUUCGAGGGUGAGUGUUUCGUCUGCCAGCUAAAGCUAAGGUAACAAGCUAGCUAGAAACUCUUGAAGAUACUACAGAAAGGCGUUUUAGCUAAUAAUUCUGACCAGAACCAUCAACUUUUUAUUGACAAAUAAAACAAAAAGUUAAAAAAAUUACAAAUAUCUUGUUAAGGCCAGACUGUGUUUGUUUCAUUUGUUGUAAACUCAGCUCAGUUCAACGAUAGUAAGAAUUCAUGGGUCAUUUUUUGUACUUCUGUUACUGAGGAGUUAAUAGAAGAUAUUUGACUAGUUUGCUUAAUUGUAUUACAUAACUCUGCUCUCUUUAAUACUGGUACAUGUGCUAAUUGUAAACAUGAUCGUGAUUUGUUAAAACCCUGCUCUCAUUUGCACAUAGCAUGAAAACAAUGUUAAAACUUGGACUCAUGGUCUAUCUUUACUUUUUCUGUCAUAACUGUAUAUCUUGUUUGACUCUCAUGACAGCAACGGGUUUUAGGAAACUGUGACAGAGGAAGCACAUGACAGUUUUUUACUUCCUUUAAGUCCCUCUUUAUUAGACUCAGACAACACAGUUUUUUCCUUCAGAGUUCUAAUGUGCAUUUGUAGAUCUAGCAAAGGUCUGUGUUCUCGGCACUGAUCCUGAACCCAUACAGUGAUUUCCACUACAGACUUGUGUCUGUUUUUAAAGCAGUGCAGCCUGAGAGCCCAAAGAUUGCUGCCCUUGAGUUUUGUUUUUCAGGUAGGUAGGUUGAAUUUAUUGUCCCUGUGAGGAAAUUCAUUUGCAUUAAGUUAAAAACACGCACAAAGACAGCACACAUCCACAGUUCCAUAUAAAACAAAACAAAACAACUCAGAAAAGACAAUAUAAAUAUACUACUGUACUGUACUUUGUCAAUUCAAAAAAAGUAUUUCAGUUAAUAGUCUUUAAAUAAUGUAUCUGUGCUCAGACCAGCUGAACCAGUAUCUAAAAAUAAAGAAUAAAGCUGCCCACAAUCUAUUUUAGUUUAUUUAAUUGUAAAAUCACCUGUGGUACAAACGACAGCCUGGACCUGUUCUUGGCAUAGACUGUAUAUUGAAUAGACGCCGUCUGCCUCCUUGCUGGGUGAAGCCACUCCGAGAACGGCACCCUCUGUUGAUAGGCUGCAAUAUAGGUCAUAAAUCCCGCCUCCGCCAGCAAAGCUUAUGGGGCUGUGGACAAACUUUAGAAAUUUAUUACACAGAACAUAACAUUUUUUCCCACCUGCUUGAGGUGUUGACAUGUAGUUAUUGUAAGACUGGUUUGUGCUCAAGUCCUCUUUUUUUCUGUGAAGCUCCGUUUUUAAAAGUUAUUAGGGGGUUCAUGUUUUCUAUGAUUGACACCUGAUAAAGCCUAUGGGCGUUCAGGGAUUGCAUAGCUCACCCGGGGGAUAUGCUGUUUGAGCCGAGCGUCAUCACAGCGACUCCCGCCAGACAAAUGUGCACAACGCUACUGCGCAGCGCUGGUUUCAGGAAAUGAAGAAUAAUCCCGGAAAUAUGGAGAGCUUUUUGGCUUCAAAUCCGUAUACAGGCGGUAGGCGGAACCAAGUUGUCCAUAGUAUAUACAGUCUAUGGUUCUUGGUGAGGGCUGGGCACCGGUCUCUGCGGCCUGAGGGCAGCAGCUUAAACUCUCUGAACAAGGGGAUGUUUUGAGUCUGAAAGUAUUUUCUCAGCUUUGUCCAGGGCACGAGAUAUAUACAUGUCUUGUAGGCUGUUCAGGGGAAUGCCUUGGAUUUUGCUGGAUUUUUCAGCCUUGUACUAUCCUCCUGGCUACUAGUAAGUCAAAUUUGUCCUCUGUGGAGGACCACAGAUAUCUCCCACCCACUGCAUACUACUGAAUUAACUCCUUUUGGUUUCUACAGAGGACAUUUAGAGCUUUUCAAUGAUACCAAAUGUGAAGGGGUGGGACUUCAGUACUUUUCCUCUUCCCAUAAAAUGUGCAUGCACUGAUGGCAGCCAUUUGUUCUGAGUGAGGAAGAGAAAGGUACUGAAGCCCCACCCCUUCACAUUUGGUAUCAUUGAAAAGCUCUACAAAAUUUGAAUAACCUUUGUUUUCCCCACUAAUCCAUGUAAACCAAAUUUUUUUUUUUUCGAAAGAUUUUCUAAAAUCUAUACUCUGUGUUUUUUUUCUGCAGAUUUUGAUAUCCAAGUUGCUGCUGGAGCUGCUGAGAUGAGAUGAGAUGAUGUACUCCUGCAGGUCUGAGCACAGUCACAGGGGGCAAUACAGUGAGAGAAGUUCAAGGCAGUGGGAGGGCUAUGACAACCGACGAGAAGAAAGGCGUGACCCUCACAGAGAUGUACCCCAGGAUUCACAUCAUAAAUAUGGCCGGGAUGGACCCAGAGCUGCAGAGAGGACAAGCAGAGGUAGAAAGUGCAGUGACUCGCCUAAAAGGCCGUAUAAUACAGACUCAUUGAACAGAGAAUGGAGUAGAAAGAGCCCAGUGAGGAGACGCACGUCUUCAUCUGAUUGGGGUUCUUCUGAAAGGAAAAGCCGAAGGUUUACAGAGGAUAAUGAAGAUGAUUACAGAUACAAGAGAGAGACUGAAGAUAAAUCAUACCGGCUUUCUUCAGACAAUUUUUCACGCUCGCAUCCUAACAAGGAUUUGAAACAUUCAAACCCACAGGAUGAAGAUUUUAAAUACAGGAAAACAACUCAAGACUCCAGACACAAAUAUCGACAUGAGGAAUCCACUUACAGGCAUCAUCAGGAUGAUUUAAACUGCAGACCCUCGUCUGGAUAUUACAAAGAUAGAGACAGCCAUGAGAGAAGCUGGGACCAUUCAGGAGAAAGAAGGCAAUCACAAGAUUACACUUCGAAGGUCAGUCACAAGAAACAGACUCUUCAGCAGAGUGUAGAUUUUAAUUUCUGAAGAAAUUAAUCCAUGUUGUUAUCUUUUUCAAACAGAGUUAUGCCAAACUCAGAGAGAGGAAUGACAGCCCCUCUGCAGGCUAUGAGGAUCACUGCUCUAAAAGAGCAAGGUUCUCUAUGAAUGGAUCCAGUGGACAGGUGGGUUAAUUGGGCUGUUUUGCAUUUCUUUCAAUUCAUUGUUUAAACUUUUUUUGAUGCCAUGCAGCAUGGAAAAACAUUCUCCAAAAUGCUGUAGGUAAUAAACAUGUCUCAAAACAUGUAGCUGCAUAUUUGCUAAAACAAAUACAUUUUUGUACGAUUUAGUCCGUUGUCCUCAUGAAACCGCAUGAUUACGUCAUUAAAAACAUUGCUUUUGGAAAACUCUAGCCAGAGUGAAGAUUUUGGAAAACUCUGGUUUUGCGUUUGCAUACGGACAUAGAUAAAGAGGUCUUUAAAUUUCCAAACGUCAGUGUCCACAACAACUUAUAGCUAAAUGUCAUAUGCUAUGCGCCCUUGUUUAUGUCAGGCUGUGGCACAGAUAUAUACAGAAUAUAUAUUUCUGUGGAGAGCAAAGGAGAAGGAGUGCUUAACAGUCAGUUAUUCUACACCAAAUAACCCUUCCUCCUCUUUUCUUCUAAAAUGAAGCUUAAAAGCAGUUUCACCUCUUUGUCGGUCCACAUGAAUGAACUACACUGCGCUAUGUUUCAUGUUUGGAGAAGUGACAAUGAAAAAGGGAAGCUUGCUCUCUUUGGAUAGAAUGGGUCUAACUUUUUGGCAAAUACUAUUAACUCUGGGUCAGGCGUGCUUAUAACAUAUAUGUGGGUUUGUGUGAAUGGGGUUUUAUUUGAAAACGAUGAUGUGUGUACGUGACUUUUUUUUUUUUUUUAUGGAGGGGGUUGGAUAUUCGUUUAUAAAAAAAAAGCCGGCCACGUGUGUACAAGGCCUUAGUUUUGGGGGAGUUUCAUGUGGUACCUGUGCAUGGCAAGGGAUCUCAUUCAUUCAUCUACCUAUACAUUGAAUAAUGUUUUAAAUCUUUGAGGCUGCCAGUCAAAGUGAUUGUUUGGUGACAACUGAGAGCAGUUUCUGUGAUGUCCGUAUGUAACUUUUAAUAUAGUAUCUUGUACAAUAGACCAGUGGUUCUCAAGUCCAGUCCUCAAGGCCCCCUGUCCUGCAUGUUUUGGAUGUUUCCCUGCUCCAACACACCUGAUUCAAAUGAUCAGCUCGUUAUUAAGCCAGUACAGAGCUUGAUAACGAGCUGAUCAUUUGAAUCAGGUGUGUUGUAGCAGGGAAACGUCCAAAACAUGCAGGACAGUGGGCCUCGAGGACUGGACUUCAGAACCACUGCAAUAGACUAAAAUUAUAACCCUGAUCUUUCACAGUUGUAUGUAUUUAAAUUAUGGGUCUAAACAUGAACUAAUUGGUCAUAAUUUUUGUCUUCACUUUGACUUUUGAUCAUUUUCUUGAAACUGUAAUUUUGUUUUUCUACAAAAAUUUCCCUUGUAUGACUGUUCAUAAAUUUGGAUGCCUCUCUGUGUCCCCCAUUAGUCUUUCGAGAGUGAAGUCCCCCACCAGAUUCCAGUCACUCCCGAAGAGAAGAAGACUCAGGGUUUCCAGCGUUUCCUCGAUGUGCUUAACAAGGGUGUGAAUGUUGACACACUCACAAAGAUAGUGACCUCUGAAAGACGGGAUGAUCGACAACAGUCUCCACUUUCUUCCACGCACCCUGCAGACCGACCUUGGUCCCCUGAUAGGGAUGGAGUUUACCAGACACAUGACAACUCCAACUGGAGUGAGAGUGUGAGAGCUCAUAGAGUUUCUCCACCACAUCACAGAUCAUUCAGCCCAAAGAGGAGCUCUCUGUCUGAUGACAGGUCUCUGCAAAAAGGUGCCAUAGAGCAUGGCCACUUCAGCUCCAGCAGUCGAUCUCGAUCUCCCUCAGUGGUGGAAAAGAUAACGCUGACACCGGAAGAGGAGCACAAGCAUAGGCAAAUGCAGGAUGUUUUGCAGGCUAUUGGCAUGAAUCUAGGAUUUGAAGAGCUAGGUCAAAUGUCACAUCGGAUCCAAGAGCGGCUGUACGGGAAGAAGGACAGUGACAGGGAAGGUCGCGGUAGAAGGAGCAGGGAAAUGGAAAGAAGGCGUGCAUAUUCACCAAAACUGCAAAGCAGAUCGUCAUCGAGCAGAUCAAGUUUCAGUCCACCGCCUCGAGAAUAUUACAUGAAAAAAGACUCCGAUAGUCCCCAGAGGGAUUUCUCAGAAGACAGGCAAAUACCGAAACUUGAAUCGGUCAAAUAUGAUACAAAUGCCAGCAGUGACACUCUGUUUGAGAGGAAGAAAUACGAAACAACCACUCAGGAAAAGACUGCUGGGUCUCAAGCUGUUUCUCCAAAUCACACCUACACUUCAUCCAAGCCAUCCCCUCCUCCUCCUGCGGUGUCAGCAUACUCACCUGCAAGCAACUCACUGCCGCCUUUCCCAGUUCUGCCUCCUGGUCCACCCCCCUCCCUCCCUCCAGCUCUGCCUCAAGCACUCCCCCGAGCCUUGCCCCACCCUCUACCUCCACCUUUUCCACCUGGUCUGCCUCCGUAUUUCCCCAAUGUCAGACCCCGGUUUUUGUUUCCCCACCGGCCUCCUAUCCUUCCUAUUACCCAUGCUCCACCUUUGAACCUUUUUCCAGGACUUCUUCCUCAAACAAGGCACCUAUUCCCUCAAAACAUUAGUAAUACUCAGCCGCCCUUUUUGAACCUGCCACCCAUGAACCCAAUGCAGCUAACGAACAACACUCAGAAUAAAAAGACCCUGUCGAGGCCACGCUGUUUACAAGUCAUCAAAACAAAACAAGCCGGAUGAGGCCAAUUUAAAAUGUGUCCCAAAAGACGGACAGAUCCUUAGUUUAGAAGACUCUGAUCAAUUUGCAUUUUAUCCAUCAGAUAUUUGCACAUAGUUUUUAUAUUUUCAGUUGUGUCACUAAACACAGAGCAAUUUAAGAGCAGCAGGAUGACUCAGAUGACUCUUCAGUGAAUUUUUUCACCCACCAGCAGCAAAUUUAUCUAGAAGAGUCUCCUCUUUAAAAACAACCCCAAACCUGUUGCCUUUUUCUUUUCAACAUAAAUUCCUCUGACCCUUUUCUGUAGAGUUUCAGGGGCUGAGAGCUGAUUUGCCACUAACUAUGGCUCACGAACUGAAAGAGGAGUUGAAUGACAAAGUUAAAACAGUGGAAGUGUCAUUUAAAACUCUAUUGGAGUAGUUGAACUGGAACUGUUGUAAUAAUUGGCCGGCAGCUUGUUGAAAAACAGAUCAAUGCAAGUCUUUCCCAUAAAACAAGAGUCACGGGAUGGUAUGGAGUUUGUUGUGAGGAUUGAUCUGAAGAAAAAAAAAAAAAGAAUGAUUAAAGCUGCUGGCUCAACAGCCAAAGACAAAUCAAUGGAGUAGAUUUUCAGGUGUGGCCUUGAGAACAACUUAAAGCAGCCUGUCCAGCAUUGAUAGAUUCAGCUGUUGUUUCCCAAAUAGGACACGACUCUUGAAAGGUUAUCAUACAGGAUUUAAUCCUAAUGAAUCAGCACUACGAUUUGAUGUUUCAUGUCUCUGGCUAUGGUCAGUCUUACUAAACCUGUUCUCUACGUAGACUUUUUGGUUUGUUAGUUGACAUAUUUUGUUUAUGUGUAUAAAGGCAGAAUAGUAUUAUGUAAAUAACUUGAAUUGCAUAAUAUUAAACACACUUUGAUCUAAAAUAAAUCACAGAUUUUUCAUGUUAUGAAAAAAGGCUGAACUUUU